CUUUGUGUACAUUCCAUUGACUAGUUGUGUGUCAGGAGUGCUGUGUGGAGUACCGUUUUCCAGAGAGCUCGUGUCUAAUGCUAUAAGAAGAUAGUGUUGUUUUUUGUUGUUGUUAUUGUUACAGUAAAAGUAUCUGGCUGUCGGUCUGAAGUUGGAAGUGCACUUUUGGACAAUACCUAUUGUUGUUUACUUGCGAAUUACACAAAGAAUCAAGAGCAUCAAACAUGAUAGAUCAAAAUGCUCCAGUUACCCCGGAUAGAAAAUUGAGACAAGGCUUUAUUGAUUUCACAGCAGGUUCAUUGGGUGGUGCUUUACAAGUUUACGUCUCCCAGCCCCUUGAUACGGUGAAAGUAAAACAACAAUCAUUUCCGCAAUUGUAUAAAAAUAUGAUCGAUUGUUUUGUAAAAACUUAUCGUACAGAUGGAAUUUUUCGUGGCUUAUAUGCCGGCUCUGUACCAGCUGUCAUUGCGAACGUGGCCGAAAAUUCAGUGCUAUUCGCUGCCUAUGGUGGCUGCCAGAAGGUGGUGGCCUAUGGCAUGAAUAUCGAAAAUGUCAAAGAUAUGCCAGUUGUGGGUCACGCCUUCGCUGGCUUCUUGGCGGCUUUCUUCUCCACAUUCACUCUCUGUCCCACCGAACUGGUGAAGUGCAAACUGCAAGCAUUGCGAGAGAUGCAGCAACAAAACCCCCAAAAUGUUAAGAAUAAUCUGCCCAUAACCCCCUGGAAAUUAACAAAACAUAUUAUGGCUACUGAAGGCGUUCCAGGUUUCUUUCGGGGUCUUACAUCUACAUUUAUGCGUGAAAUGCCAGGAUACUUCUUUUUCUUUGGAGGCUACGAAGGAACACGUGAAUUAUUGAAGAAGCCUGGUCAAAGCAAAGAAGAAAUAGGUGCUCUAAAAACCAUGUUUGCUGGCGCUGUUGGUGGUGUUACUCUGUGGGUUAGUAUCUUCCCUGCAGAUGUCAUAAAAUCUCGUAUACAAGUCAACAAUCUAAAGCGAUCGAUGACCUCCGUGGGCCUGGAGAUAGCACGAACUGAGGGUGUAAUGGCUCUCUACAAUGGCUUGCUGCCCUCCGUAUUGCGAACAAUACCAGCUACUGCCACACUAUUCUUAGUUUACGAGUAUACCAAAAAGACUUUAAAUGAACUUUUGUGACCUUAGCUCCUUCUGUAGUGAAUAACUUGUUAUCUUUUACACUUUACUAUAACUUUAUCACAGUUGAUAGACGCCGUUGAACGAAUUUAAUACGAUCAUGAUGACUUUCCAAUUCACGCCAUUCGUGCCAAUAUAUCUUGAAAAAAAAGUAAAACAAACAAAUCCGUUAAUGCUACGUUCUUUUAUGUAUAUAAAAAAAACUUACCACUAUAGGUUUAUAGCCAAGAAUACGCAAUUGUUUUAGUUUCAUAUCAAAAAGACCUGUAUGACGGUUUUUGCCCCUCACCACACUAUUCCAGCCCGCAAUGACCAGGGCAACGGUCUGGAUAUCAUUGCUCAAUUUAUCACCCAAAACGAGUACCCUGGUUAAGAUUUUUCCUACAUAUAGAAAUAAGAAAACAAAAAACAAAAAAAUAAGGGCCAACGUUGAGCAAAGGUAAACAAAUUGUAAAUUGUAUAGGAUCCAUCUGAAAUCUGAAAAUAUUUUUAAAAUUGUUAUACUCUUACGUAGUAAUAAAACUAAGGGCCGGAUUCUCGUAGAAAAAUAAAAUUCGUGAUAACUAA